AUGUACCGCUCAACCAAAGGAGCUUCCAAGGCUCGACGGGACCAGAUCAACGCCGAGAUCCGGAACCUGAAGGACUUGUUGCCCAUCUCUGAUGCAGAUAAAGCGCGGCUCUCAUACCUGCACAUCAUGUCCCUCGCCUGCAUGUACACCAGGAAAUCUGUCUUCUUCACUCAAGAAGCGGGAACUGCUGCUAGUCUCGAGGAGAGCGCACGGUUCCUGUCUUUUCACGAGCUGUCAGAGUUGAUGCAGGCGCUGCCGGGCUUUCUGAUGCUGCUGACCGGAGAGGGGAAGCUCCUGUACCUGUCAGACAGCGUCUCCGAGCACCUCGGACACUCCAUGGUGGAUCUUGUGGCACAGGGAGACAGUGUGUAUGAUAUCAUCGACGCCUCAGACCACUUUAUCAUGAGGACCAACCUGUCAACCUCCUCAUCACUUGAAAUGGACCGUCUCUUCCGCUGUCGUUUCAACACCUCCAAGUCCGUGCGGAGGCAGAGUGCUGGAAACAAGCUGGUUCUGAUCCGAGCUCGCUGCCUUUCCCCCCCCUCCCCCUCUCCUGCUGCCGGGUCCUACUGGACCUCCAACCCCGUGUGGGUGUGUUUCUGCUCCCCUCUGGAGCCCCAUCCGACCCGCUCCAGCCCCGGGGCCGAGAGGGAGUCGACCUCCACCCCUCCCCUGGCUGAGGCCAACUUGUUCCUGGCCUGCUUCCACUCCCAGCACGGCCGGGACAUGAGGCUGCAGACAGCACAGGACAGUGUGAGCGCCUAUCUUGGCUUUGAUGUGACAGCUUUACGCUCUCGCUCCUGGUACAGCCUCCUCCACCCACAGGAUCUGUCACAUGCCUCCGCUCAGCACCGUAGCCUAUUGAGAGAAGGAGGAGAGGGCAGAGCUGAGAUGGUGGUGCGUGUGCAGGCUCAGGACCAGUCGUGGGUUUGGCUCUACAUGGUGCUACAACUGCAGCCUGGAGAAAUCCCCAUCAGCAGCAACAACUACAUAAUCAGUGACUCUGAGGCCUGGUCAGUGCGUCAGCAGCUCAGCUCAGAACAGACCCAGCUCACCCUGGUCCUGAGUGCUGGCACCUCCCAGCAGGAGAGUCUGAGUCUUCAGUCCCCAGAAACCCUGUCCAGCCCAGACCAGGUCUUCACCCCAGGCAGCAGCGGCCUGUCUGCCCAGUCCUUUGACUUCAGCACUGCCGGCUGCAGCGUGGGCUCCUCUGACGAACCAGGGAGCUCUGCUCCUGAGGCCAUGCAGCUGGAGGGUGAUCCUCGCUCCAGUAUCUCCUCUCUGGAGGAGGAAAGCUUCUUUCAACAGCAUCCCACCGAAACCCCCUCAGCGGCCUCCUCCCCCACUCCAGUCACUGUUGAAACAGUAGCAGACUUAGACUUUUUAACCCAGAACAUUCUCCUGCCGCCAUCCUUCCAGCUCGACCCUCCACUGCCAGCUCUCCCCCUGCCUCUCCCCCCAGUGCCCACCUCACAAGCUCAGCAGACCAAAGAGUUUGUGUGCACUCCGCCCUACACCCCCCAGGUUGGUGGGGCUAGCUUUCCAUUCGGCGAGCCCCUCUUCAGCUUUGACCCCACUGGCACCACUACUCCUCCCCCCUCUGCUACAAGUGCCACUGCCACCACCUCCUUGGCCCCCUCAGCUUCCUCCACAGCCCCACCGACUACCGCCUCCAGCCCCAUUCCUCCCACCACCCUCUCCACCAAGCUCCCCCUCUCACUACCGACCCCAUCUACUGAGCUCCUCUUCCCAAUUGAGCCCUGCAGUGGUUCCCUGUACGAGAAACUGCCCCCAACACCCGACAGCCCUGGAGACGGGGACUGCACAGUCAUGACCCUGCCUGAGGUCCGGGGUCCACUGUAUGUAGACGUACCACUGGGGCCCCUCCAGUGUCCUCCCGAGGGCCUCCUCACCCCCGAAGCUUCACCCGGCAAACAGCCCUGCCUCUCUUUCUUCUCCCUUGAAAGGGAGAAGGAAAGAGCAGAAAUAUCCCUCUUAGCUCAGCACAUUAGCUCACUGGCAGAGGGAUUCUACCUGGAUCCACUCUUGUCAAAACUCUCCCCUCCCUCCAUAUCACCCUCCUCCUCCCCUCCCUCCCCCUUUAUGUCUCCAGCCAUAGAAACUCCUGAUUCACUCCAGAUGCUUAGGGAGUUUUAUCCCAUCAAAGCAUGGAGAGGUCUGGACAUUCCCAUCUUCCUUGAUGAUGAUGAUUCUCUGUUUGAAGAGAGCAUCCUAGAGACCCUUCUCCAAGAUGACUUCGCUCCCCCUCAGUCGCCCGGCCUCUCCUGCACCUCCCCCUCCACCUCCCCUAUGCCCAACCCUUGCAGCCCAACCUCUCCUCAAACCCCAGUGUGCUGGCGCCAACCCUCCCAGUUUGAGGGAGUGGGCCACGUCUGUAGCGUCCAAUCGGCGCAAUGUAACUCUAUGGCUGGGUGCGGGGCGACUGUGGCUGCUGAGGCCGGGGUAAAGGCAGAUGGGGAGGGGUUAGUGGAGGAAGCAAUGGAGAUCGAGGUGGUGUCAUCUCCUGUGUCCUCCUGCUCCUCCAUCCCAGCUUCCCCUCCCCUCAUCCUCACUGCCUCCCCCAGCCCCGCCACCUCCACGCCCAUCGCCUCGCCCACGCCCGCCGUGUCUUGCACUCAGUCCCUCCUGGAGGAACUGGCCGUCCUGGAACCCAUGUUUGGGGCAGGUGCCUCGAUCGCCCCUGGCUUAGGGCAACAACCUGAGUUGUAUCAACUCCAAUGUCAUCCAUCGCCACAGUGCUUCCACAAAGAUGGGAGUGGAAGUGUUCCUCCGUUCUAA